AUGGGCGGACUAAAAGUACGUUGCAGGAACCUUUUGCGGGCUUGCUACGUGCCCUCUGUAUUUUAUACUAUCAAAGCUCUCCACUUCCAGAUAUGCCCUUCAAACAUUUUUUCUUUCCUGCGCUCUGACCCUUCCAGAUAUGUCAUUACUUCUGAGUUUCUUAUUUACAUCGUGCUCGCAAUAUGCAGAGAGCACUGCUCGCUCUUCUACAACUGCAUACAGAGGCACCACAUGGAUCAACAGUAUCCACUCAUUAGAUUUCUUGCCAUCAUCAUUUUGUGCAGAUGCACUUGUGACACAGGAUACCUAUUUGCAACUUUCUUUGUUAUCAGAGACAAUAAUGGUAAGCUGUUGGACAUGCAAAUGGUGUGGAGUUCAAACCGAGAGCAGAAGGUGCAAGAAAACGCAACCCUUGCACUCACCUCCACAGGAGUUGUGCUAAGGGAUGCAGAUGGCAGUCUUGUUUGGUUUACAAAUACAUCCAACCAUGGUUUUCAAGGGAUGAUGAUACAAGAAUCUGGGAAUCUUGUUCUCUUUAACAUCUCCAGUGGAAUCAUAUGGCAGUCUUUUGAUCAUCCCACUGAUACUGCGCUUUUGGGUGAGAAGUUGAAAGUGGGGCAGAAGCUUACUGCAAACACUUCUCCUACUAAUACAAGCCGAGGUAUUUUCUAUUGUUCCUUGUCUGUCGAUGGCUUCGGUGUGUUUACAGACACUGCACCCCCUCAAAGGUAUUUUACGUACACUUUUACACCUUCACCAGUGAGUUUAUAUUAUCUCCAGUUGGACAACGUGUCAGUAUAUUUCUUUAGUGAGAAUGGUAUCGCGUUUAAGCAAAUUCCCAUACCCAGGGGUAGCCUCUCCUUUAAGAUUGAUUCAGAUGGGCAUCUGCAGUUUUGUUCAAUUCUAGAAGUGGUACUAAGGUCUAAGAUUGACUAUUUAUCAACCUUUCUGGGCAUAUUGGAUGUGUGCGAUUAUCCAGCGCUAUGUGGAAAAUUCUGUUUUUGCACAGAUGGGCAAUGCAGCUGUCCAAGACAGGGCAAUGCUUUUUAUCAGAUUGACGCCACAAAGCCCAAUUUGGGCUGUCUUCCCCACAGACCUCUUGUGUGCUCAGAGACAUCCAUAAGCAGUAACCGUGCGCAUGGUCAUCACUUUUUGGAGCUGGAUCAUGUUUCUUAUUUUACUUAUCGUUACAAUAAUCCUUCCAAUCCACAGUUGGUCUCACGAGAUUACUGUCAAAAUCUAUGCCUUGAAAAUUGCUCUUGCGAAGCUGCGUUUUUCAGACGAAAAAAGGAUGAAGAUGAGGACAAUCGUGUAGAUUGGCCGGCAGGCUUGCGUCUGCGUUACUCAUUCCAAGAAUUGCAGAAUGCCACAAAUGACUUUAGUAUGAAGUUGGGAAGUGGAGGAUUCGGUUCAGUUUAUGAAGGUGUUUUGUCAGACGGCUCAAAGAUAGCUGUGAAGCGCCUUGACAAAGCAGGACAAGGAUAA